AUGUCUCUUCAAAAGCCUCCAUUCGAGUCGCAAUCGCAUGUCUUUGUUCAAGCUGAAACAGCAAACCCAAGCCCAGCUAAUUCCUUGGAGUUCGCGGACGAGAACCUGGGCAAAUGGGUACCUGUUGUUAGCUGCAAAGUCACCUACUCUGCAUAUGAAUUCUCCCAAGUAAUUGACGCUCUAGUGCAUUUCCCCGAACGAAAUUCUCCUCUCAUCCUACGGGCAGAUGUAGAAAGCGACGUAGAAAUAUCUCAUUCUGUCGAGUCGACUGUUCCUGCGCUGAAAGGAUUUCAACCUACUCGACACCUGCGUCGUAUCUUGUGUCCCCGCCAACCAAACCGGGACCGGGCAUUACAUCAAUCAUGUAUAUUUUAUACAGAUCGAGGGGAUGCCACUGUGCUGGUUCUCAGCCCGGAUUUAUCAGAGGAACAUCCUACCCCACCGUUUUAUCAUCCUGCUGUCGCACAUCUGGCUAUUCGGUUCACUGGGACUCAUCUAACAAUUGAAGUGGGUGUGUAUCGCGUCGGGUACGGGUUCGCAAACGGGUACAGGAAGAGAGUGGAUCACGAUACAAUGGUCGAUAAAGCGGAAUUUCAAGACUUGUAUCUCAAAAUGAAGGAAAUGCAUGGCGGGUUGGUUGAAACAUGGCAAGAAGCCACAGACCCAUCCAAACACGUCUUUGAGGACAUUGGAAUAGCUACGUUUCUGAUGCUCCUUUGGAAAUCUACGUACCAAGGCUCAGAUUCACCCACUAAACAACCAAACCAAAAAUAUCCUUGGUCGCAUUUUGCUCGUCCACCAGGCGGGUUCCGGGAUAUCGGAUGCGGGAACGGAUUAUUGACACACAUUCUCGUCUUGUCUGGAUACGAGGGGCUCGGUAUCGACCUAAGGGCGCGAAAAAGCUGGACAUCGUUCGGGCCCGAAACAUCAUCUCGACUUAAAGUCGAGGCGCUCGAUUUUACGUCCAUUAAAUACGACGCGUCCCUAGGCCGGUUCACGGGGUUACCGGACGUACUUGGAUCAAAUGAUCAAGAACAAACCGGGCGGGUGUUUUUGAUUGGGAACCAUGCUGACGAGUUGACGCCUUGGAUGCCUGUGAUCGCACAUGCCGCCGGAGCCGAUUUCUUGUCCAUCCCAUGUUGUUUCUGGGCACUAGACAAGCCAUGGGAGCUUGCCCUCGCUGAUCGGUUACAUUCUGUCCUGGGCGGCACUGCGGACGCAAACUGGGUACAAAAAAGAGCACCAAGCACCGAGUCAGUAUGGUCGGUAUAUGCUCUGGCUUGCCAGGCUGCAGCGGGAUGUGGGUUCGUUGUGGAUGUAGAGGCGUUGAGGAUCCCGAGUACCAGAAACUGGGCAUUUGCUGGUACAUCUCGAACAUGGAAGACCGAGUCCGAGCGAGCACGGGUAGACCAGUACGUUGAAGGGCUGGUAUCCCAAGUCCGAGAGCGAGGGAUGUUUAAGACGCGCGUGCCAGAAGGGAAAGAGGGCGGAUUCAUUACACUGUAUGGUUGA